UUAGAGAAUAUUGAACAUCGAAAUUUAUGUCGAGGGAUAAUAACAAUAUGAAAAUAUUAAUGGAAAUCGAUGAAGAAAUAUUUAAGCUCAAGAACAUUAUUCAUGAAUUGAAUGUGAAGAAUAUAAAGCUUCACAAACAACUUUACUCACUUUAUGUUGAAGCAGACUCGCAACAAAGUAAGAUUGAAGCUCUCGAGUCAAGUAAUGAAGAUCUUUCAUCGGAAAAUAAUUCGUCGGAAUCUAUAAAGUUGUCCGACGAAAACGAAAUGUCUAAUGAAAAUACUUACGCGGCAUUGAAAAAGGAAAUACUAACGUUACAACUAGAGGUAAAGUCGAAAGCUGGAAUAAUUGCGAUGUUGGAGCUGGAACUACAUACCAAACUUUUAUUUUAUGAGAAGUUUAAAAUCUUGAACAACUGUCUAUUGGUGGUAUACAAGAAAAAAACUAGUGAGUUGGAAGCGGAAAUUGAACGACUAAGGACCACAUUGUUUGUAAAAUUAGGAAUACAUGAGGAAGACGAAAUAAUUAAUGAAAAAAGUACUAAAGACAACUAGAUUAUGAAGAAUUUUAAUAAUUAAAAAUGACAAAGAAUGAUAAACUCAGAAGAAGGAAGUAGAGGAGAUUGAGAAGUUGUUACUUUCCUAAAUUUAUGAUCUGUAAGAAACUAGAACAUUUC